AUGCCGGCGCAGGCCCCAGUGACGUUCGAGGACGUGGCGGUCUAUUUCUCCCCGGAGGAGUGGGCGGCGUUAGCGGAAUGGCAGAGGGAGCUGUACCGGGACGUGAUGAUGGAGAAUUAUGAGCUGGUGGCAUCUUUGGGCUCCGUGGGCCCCAAGCCCAAGGCAUCGGCUAGAAAAGCAAAGCGAGAGAAGGCGCCGUAUGUCUGGGACCAUCAGUACUCGAGAGCGAAAGUCCUGAUGCUUCCAGCACAGGGGAACGACACCCCAAACGAGGAGCCGGUGACCUUCGAGGAGGUGGCGGUCUAUCUCACCACCGAGGAGUGGAAGGAGCUGAAGGACUGGCAGCGGGAGCUGUAUCAGGACGUGAUGAAGGAGAAUUACGACCUGGUCACCUCUGUGGGAGACACCGUGGAGAAACCGGAGAUUGUCUCUAGGCUGGAGCGCGGGGAAGAGCCGUACGACCCCGGAGAGACACGUGUUCCUGGUCCCCACGGCGUGGGUGGUGGGACCCGGGGGGCUGAUGAGGAGGGGACGCGUCACAAGGAAGAGCCGGCAGGACUGGACCCAAGCGAGAUGCUAACGGGGAGAGACACAGCGAGAGUUUCCCUGGGCUCGGCCAGGACCGGAGCCAGCGCCAGUCGGAGUCAGCGCAAAGGGCGCCCGGGCCAGGGGAGGCCUGUGGGGAAUGGACACGAUGAACCCCUGCGGGGCGAGAGGCGGGUCAGGGACUCCCCAGCCAGCGCUGAGCUCCAGAGCAACGGGGCCCCAGAGACACCCUGCCCAGCGCCUGAGAACCAGGGGGGCAGCGUGGGGACGGGAGCCGUGCCUGUAACCCCCAUUGCAGAGGGGCCGUGUGGGGGGAGCAUUGGGCAGGGCGGGAAGCCAACAGAGGAGCACGCUGCCCCUGGGGGCGGGGGGCCCUACAAGUGUGGGGAGUGUGGGCAGGGCUUUGGCAGCCAGGCCUCCCUGGCCAAGCACCGGCGGCAGCACGCCGGGGUGGGCGCCUUUCCCUGCAGCCAGUGUGGCAAAGCCUUCAGCAACAAGGGCAACCUCCUGCGGCACCUGAAGCUACACAGCGGGGAGAAGCCGCACGGCUGCGCGGAGUGCGGGCGGCGCUUCCGCACCAAGCAGACCUUCCUGUCGCACCAGCGCGUGCACACUGGGGAGAAGCCCUUCGCCUGCCGCCAGUGCGGGCGGAGCUUCACGCGCAAGGAGAACCUCGUGCGCCACCAGGAGACCCACGUGCACAAAGAGCCCCACACUUGUCCCGAGUGCGGCAAGAGCUUCCUGCACGAGGGCUCGCUGCUCCUGCACCGCCGCGCCCACUCCGGGGCCCGGCCCUUCCCCUGCGCCCACUGCGGCAAGAGCUUCAACUGGAAGACGAACCUGACCACCCACCUGCGCAGCCACGCUGGGGAGCAGCCCUCCGCCUGCCACCAGUGCGGCCAGCGGUUCGGCGACCGCGGAGACCUGCUGCGGCACCAGAGGGCCCACGCGGGCGGCGGGCUGCCGACAGGCUACGGCAACGGGGAGACCUUCAGCGAGUUCCUCCAGAUCCACGAGAUGCUGAUCUCCCGCACGCACGCCCGCAAGCCCCUGGGUGCCCUCACCAAGUACAAGUGCCCGGCGGAGGAAGCGCAGCGGCGCCGGGAGGCUCCGCGGGCGCCGAGCAGCGCCGAGCCCCGGGCCGCGCAGGGGGCAUGGCCGCUGGGAGCGCUGCGCAGGUCCCGAAUGGGGACCCUUCUUGUGUUUCAGGCCCUGGUGUCGUUCGAGGACGUGGCGGUCUAUUUCUCCCCGGAGGAGUGGGCGGCGUUAGCCGAAUGGCAGCGGGAGCUGUACCGGGACGUGAUGAUGGAGAAUUACGAGCUCAUCGCCUCGCUGGGUUCUGCAGGCCCCAAACCGGAAAUGAUCUGUAAAAUGGAGCGAGGGGAAGAGCCACACACCACCGCUCCCCAGGGCGAGAGGGACAGAGGAAUCCUGGACGCCCCCAGCACAGCUGGCUGGGGAAGGCGUGUCAAGGAGGAGCUGUCUGUGGAGGGCUACAACGACCAGUGGGUGCCACACACGUCGCUGGCCGGGGGAGCCGAGGGGUUUGUGCUGGAAUAUCCUGCCCUGUGGUGCGAGGUGAAGCAGAGGGACCUGGCGGGAGACGCCCCCCAGCAAUCCCCGGAGUGGGAGGGGAGGGACGGUGCGUUCCUGGGCGGCACACUGGCCAUGAUCCACCCGGGGAGCGAGGGCCCCCUCAUCUGCUGCGAGUGCGGGAAGAGCUUUGAUGACGAGGCCUCACUGAGCGCCCACCAGCGCCUGCACCCGGGCGCCGGGCCCCACGAGUGCCGGGCCUGCGGGAAGAGCUUCCGCCACCGCCGCAACCUCUUGACCCACAAGAAGCGGCGGGGGAAGAGCCGGCACGCCUGCACCGAGUGCGGGAAAAGCUUCUGCCUCAAGGGUGACCUGCUGCGGCACCGGGCGGGGCACGCGGGCGAGGGCGGCCACGCCUGCAGCCUGUGCGGGGAGAGCUUCCGCCACAAGAGGAACCUGCUGGCCCACAGGAAGGAGCACGUCGGGGACAUGCCCCACCGGUGCCCCGAGUGCGGGCAGAGCUUCGGCGACCCGGCCAGCCUGGCCCAGCACGAGGCGGCGCACCGCGAGGAGAGGCCCUUCGUCUGCGCCCGCUGCGACCGCAGCUUCAGCUGGAAGGAGAGCCUGAUGAUCCACCAGCGCAGCCACCCGCAGGAGCGCUCCCACAAGUGCGCCGACUGCGGCCGCAGCUUCAGCCGCAACGGGAACCUCCUCAUGCACCAGCGGGUGCACACCGGGGAGCGGCCCUACGCCUGCCCCGAGUGCGACCGCACCUUCUGCAACAAGGCCAACCUCAUGGCCCACCGGAAGCUGCACCGGCGCUUCAAGCCCUACGCCUGCGCCCAGUGCGGGAGGAGUUUCAGCUUCAAGACCAAGCUGCUCCUCCAUCAGAGGGCCCACGGGGACGAGCAGUAGCCCCCGGCUGCUCUGUCUCCUGCAGGCUGCGGCCGGGCCUGGCAGGCUGCGCGGGCUCUGCUGUUGCUAAGGCCCGGGGGCGAAACUCGCCCCUGGGCAGAGGGCUGGGGCGAGGCCUAGGCGUUGUCUCAGCCUGGGGGUCCCGUGGGCCAUGGAGCAAGACCCCAGCCUUUGAGGGGAAGCUCUGCUGUCUUGCAGAGCCCUGGGUGGGUCACUCUGGGGGGGUUCUGCCGUUGCUAAGGAUGGGGGUGAAAUUCACCCC